AUGCCUUGUAUACACCAUAUACCACUUCGUCGGGUCAAGUGUGAUGAAGGGAAACCGAGCUGUCGCAGAUGCACCACCGCUGGUCGGAUUUGUGAUGGCUACGAUCAACAGUCCAAGGCUGCCAUUAGUCUAUCGUGGGAAAAUCAUCCAUGGACUCACUCCUGGACGCCAUUCGUGAGGCCUGCUAACGGCGGCGUUGAAGCUUCACCUGAAUCCUACGCGUUGCCACAGCUUCUGUUGCCUCCUCGACUCCUAGUCUUUGACAGUGCUGAAGAACAGCAAAGCUACGAUUUCUUCCGGUCCCGGUCCGUGGGUGAACUGACCGAAGUGUUCCACAUUGACGAGACUUUCUGGAACUUAUGCGUCCUCCAAAUGUCCAUGACCCAGCCGGCGGUACGGUAUGCUGUCGCCGCACUUGGAGCCAUGCAUCGGAUAUACGGCACGGGUAACACCACCGCCAUACCCGAAGAUACAUCGGGCUCUCAAACACGGUUUGCUCUGGAGCAAUGCAACCGGUCGAUCAAAUCGCUGUUGGAAAGGAGAGGAUCCGAAGCGAGGGCCGAGAAGCUUUCCACACUCGUGGCGUGCAUCUUGUACACGUGCCUUGCCAGCAUCCAAGGACAUCAAAGGCAAUCCAUCAUGCACUUACGAAAUGGGAUGAAGUUGCUUGACAACCUCGUACAACAAAAGGAUGUCAACAACAGCGGUCCGUUGACCUCCUACAACACCCAAAUCCAAUCAUUCCUCACGACGUUGAGCAGCCUCGAAAUCCAGGCACGCAGCUUGAUGUGUGAAGAAGACCUACCUGCGUGGCCUACACGGACCAGAAUCCGCGGCUCGUCGUUCCCGCCCACCGACAUCAGAUUCUCCAGCCUCUCCGAAGCGCGGGAUUUCUUCGAGUCCGUCCUGAGCGACUUUCAAUGCUUCGCCCUGGAGAGGGAUACGGAGAAUGAGUGGUUGCUCAGCCCGGGCGCCAGUCCACGCCGUUCCGUCAUGGACGACUACGAGCUACUCGUGAAGAAGCACUCCUUUGGCGUAGAAGCGCUCGAGUCCUUCAUCGCCAAACACGACGAUGACCUAGACAAGCGAGAUCAAAAGACCAUCCUAAUGCUGAGACUGCACAUCGACAUCGUGGAAAUGUACCUCCGAGUGUACCCGCUGUCGCUGAAACACGGAGAACUGGCGUGGGACCACCUCGAGCCUUACUAUUUGAGAAUCAUCCGUCUGGGCCGACAGAUCCUAGGCUGUACCGAAGACCAGUUGUCCAGCAUGCUCUGCUCGCCUUCCGAGGUGGAGAAAACAAGUACGACUACUACUACACAUGACCACUCCGGCAAAACACACAAAUACCCAAAGAUCCCUCCUGCAGCGUCGAUCCUGAAGAAGGAGCAGUAUACCCAGAGACAGCACCGCCCUGUCUUUGCGUUCAGCCAAGGAGUCGUGGGUCCCCUGUCCACCGUCGCCGUGAUGAGCCGGUCGCCGAACGUGCGGCGCGAAGCAAUCGCCCUGCUCUUGCUGUAUCCGCGUCGAGAGGGCCUGUGGGACAGCCACACCGCUGGACGCGUGGCUUGGGUCGGGAUGUGUCUGGAAGAAGAAAUGGCUCUGGAACGGCGAGGCCAACACCAUGAAGAAGAACGUGAGAUCAAAGCCGCUUCAGACAUUCCCGCCGAAUGCAGAGUCAGGGUCGUGGACAUGAAAUACAUUGGAGCGCGCACGGGCGAGAUCCAUUACAACACGGGGAAACAAUGCGAGAAAGGCGACAAAGGCGAGAAAUGCAAGGUGGUGAAGAUCCUAGAGUGGUAA